AUGCCCGCCGGCCGCCCGGGCCCCGCCGCCCAAUCCGCGCGGCGGCCGCCGCCGCUGCUGCCCCUGCUGCUGCUCUGCGUCCUCGGGGCGCCGCAAGCGGGAUCAGGAGCCGACACGGCUGUGAUCAGUCCCCAGGACCCCACGCUCCUCAUCGGAUCCUCCCUGCAGGCCACGUGCUCAGUGCACGGGGACCCACCAGGGGCCACCGCCGAGGGCCUCUACUGGACCCUCAACGGGCACCGCCUGCCCCCUGAGCUGUCCCGAAUGCUCAACGCCUCCACUCUAGCCCUUGCCCUGGCCAACCUCAAUGGAUCCAGGCAGCAGUCGGGGGACAACCUCGUGUGCCACGCCCGUGACGGCAGCAUCCUAGCCGGCUCCUGCCUCUAUGUUGGCCUGCCCCCAGAGAAACCCUUCAACAUCAGCUGCUGGUCCAAGAACAUGAAGGACCUGACAUGCCGCUGGACGCCGGGGGCCCACGGGGAAACCUUCCUCCACACCAACUACUCCCUCAAGUACAAGCUGAGGUGGUAUGGUCAGGACAACACAUGUGAGGAAUACCACACGGUGGGACCUCACUCUUGCCACAUCCCCAAGGACCUGGCUCUCUUCACACCCUAUGAGAUCUGGGUGGAGGCCACCAACCGGCUGGGCUCGGCCCGCUCUGAUGUGCUGACACUGGACAUCCUGGAUGUGGUGACCACCGACCCCCCGCCAGAAGUGCACGUGAGCCGCGUAGGGGGCCUGGAGGACCAGCUGAGCGUGCGCUGGGUUUCACCGCCUGCCCUCAAGGACUUCCUCUUCCAAGCCAAGUACCAGAUCCGCUACCGAGUGGAGGACAGCGUGGAUUGGAAGGUGGUGGACGACGUGAGCAACCAGACCUCCUGCCGCCUGGCGGGCCUUAAGCCAGGCACCGUCUACUUCGUGCAAGUGCGCUGCAACCCCUUUGGCAUCUAUGGCUCCAAGAAAGCAGGGAUCUGGAGCGAAUGGAGCCACCCCACGGCUGCCUCCACCCCCCGAAGUGAGCGCCCGGGCCCGGGCGGCGGGGCGUGCGAGCCGCGGGGCGGCGAGCCGAGCUCGGGGCCGGUGCGGCGCGAGCUCAAGCAGUUUCUGGGCUGGCUCAAGAAGCACGCGUACUGCUCGAACCUCAGCUUCCGCCUCUAUGACCAGUGGCGAGCCUGGAUGCAGAAGUCACAUAAGACCCGCAACCAGGACGAGGGGAUCCUGUCCUCGGGCAGACGGGGCGCGGCGAGAGGUCCUGCCAGAUAAACUCUAGAGGCUGGGGCUGCCCUCCCUGCUGCAUGGAGACCCAGGGGCCA